ACAUCCAUCCAUGUUGCUACUAUUCUGACGCUAUUUAUUUUAUAAUUUUGCAUUAUGCACAUAAUUACUAAAUAUUGGAAAUUAUAUAAAAAUCCAUUUUGUUUGUAAUUUAUUACGAUUUUCAAAGUUUACAUGAAAAUUAUUUCUUAGAACAUAACCUUAAAAAUUAAUACGCUCAAAAUGGAUUUUGAUAUGAACGAUGUAUCGGAUCAAGACUUGGUUACUCAAUGGAUAAACAAUGCCGCUGUGGCUCAUAACGCAACAGAAAAAUUGGAAUAUCUCCACAAGUUGCAAGAAGUAUUAAUUCGCAAAUCUCCGCAACUUCUGCAGAAGUUUUUACCGAGUAUUUUAAAUUUUACCACAGAUAAAAAUGGCGAUGUCAAAAAAGCCUUGGUGGGUUUUAUCGAAGAAUUAUGCAAAGUCCGUGAGUCAUUAUUGCCAAAAGUUAUGCUGACACUCCAUAUGUUAUUAUGUGAUGAAUCCAUUGCCGUACAAAAACGAGUGAUCCAGGCUUUAAUCACCAUAUAUCGAAGAACCUUAGCAUGGAUGUGUAAAGCAUCAUAUGUGACUGAAGAAAUGGAAAAUGCAUGGCGACAGUUGUCGGCAAUUAAGCUGGAAAUUGCAAAUAUGAUAGACAGUGACAAUGAUGGAAUACGAACCAGUUCUGUGAAAUUUUUAGAGUGUGUGGUGUUACUUCAAACAUACCCUGAUCAAGCCGAGAGCAACAAACCAAAUGAUUUUUCUUUAGAUGAUGUACCUUUAACUUUAAAAAUUGCCAGAAGAAGAAAAUUAGAAGAGGAAGCAAAUACUCUCUUUGAACUGCUUUUAAAGUUUCAUGGAUCACCACACAUCAGUAGUGCAAAUUUAUUAACAUGUUUGGGUGUUGUUACCAAUAUUGCAAAAAAUCGCGCUGAAUUUAUGUCGAGAGUUGUAUCAGCUAUUGAGUCUCUUUACAAUAACCUACCUCCAACGUUAACAACAACUCAAGUAAAUUCAGUGAGAAAAAAAUUGAAAACUGAAUUGUCUGGGCUUAUAAAACAUCCUGCAGCAUAUGAAUUUGUUGAAAAAUUAACUCCAAUGCUGACAGAUUUAGGUUAUUCUCAACAAGAAAUAUCAAAAAUGGUACCAAAAGCCGAGGAGAGAAGAAAAUAUUGUAAACGUACACUUUCAAUGGAGUCAUUGCAGAUUUAUAACAAAAAACCUCGAUUAGAUCCACAGAUUGAUUUUGAUAAUGAUACAAACGACAGUGAACCGCAGUCACUUCAAGAAAUAAAUGAGCAAUUUGUGAUGGAGAAUUUUACAUUAGAGAAAGCUGUGCAACUAAUUUUUUCAUCUAUUAACAAAUUGCCAACUACAAUGCCCUUUGAAUUUAGCAAAGAAUACAGUAAAUUUGUUGAUUCAGGAAGAGUAGGACAAGUGGAGAUAUUAGCAAAAAUUUUAGCGACACAAAUGACUGAAGCAAGUGUAUCUCCUCCUGGUAAAUUUUUCAUGAAAAAGAAUGAAGAAGUUAAACCACCAGAGAAAGAAAUAGAGGAGGAUAAAGAUGAAAAGGAAAAGCUUCAGAAGAAAGAGAGAGCAAAAGUUCCCAGAAUAAAAACUUUAAAAUUAUCUGAAAUAACGAAACCUCUCGAAAAAGAUGCGAAAGAAAAACUGUUAAUAAGUUCAAUCACCAGAUUGUUAAGUGCGGACAAAACAGCAGCAAAAUGUUUGUAUCAAAAAUUAAUCACCACGAUAGCAGCUUGUUUUAGUCCAACCGUACGACAAACCGUACUAACUUUCCUGUUGGCUGAUUUACGCACACAUGUUGAUCUUGCUUUAGCAUGGCUUUUUGAGGAGUAUAGCAUUCUACAAGGCUUUUCACGUGUUCCCCCCCUACGUAAAGAUACUAAGCUAGACAAGAGCUACAACACUCUUCUUUGCACAUUCAUAAAUGUUUCCACUAACGAUUCGGUGGUAUUUUCUCGAUUAUUGCUUGAGGCACCAUUAGUAACCGAUGAAGCUCUCGAGAAACUUCAUCAGUUGUGUAGAGAAGAAAAAAAAUGUACUUGGGCUUUAACCCUACUCCGUGAUUUAACGGUACGGAAACCGCCCAAGCAGUUAAUGUUUCUUAACGCUUUACUCUCGUACACAACGUAUGAAUCAAACGCAAUAAGAGAUUGUGCAAUUGCUCAUGUUUUGGAAUUGCACCAAAGGCCUGAUUUGAAACUGGUCAUAGAAGAAUUUGCUAGGAUGAACUUGGAGUUUUUGAAACUUCAAAGACCACCUGAAAGUUUAUGUGGUUUUAGUCAGGGACGGCUGAAGAGUGAAACUUGGGGAGACGAUUUCAUAAAAGCUUGUUUAUUGCCGUACAUUUCAUUACUCCCUGCUAAUGAAAGUCUUAUUCAUGACUUGGCGAAAGUUUACGUCCAGACUGGGGCUAACAUUAAACGGAUAAUUUUACGGUUGCUCGAAAGUCCGAUUAGAUCGAUGGGUAUGGAUUCUCCGGAACUAUUGAAAUUGGUUGAAGAAUGUCCAAAAGGCUCCGAAACGUUGGUCACUAGAGUUAUUCACGUUUUGACAGAUAAGGGACCACCAAGUACGCAGUUGGUUCAGAGAGUCAGAGAUCUGUAUCAUACAAGAGUUUCUGAUGUAAGAUUUCUUAUUCCUGUGCUCAAUGGCUUGUCAAAGAAAGAAGUGAUCGCAGCAUUGCCAAAACUUAUAAAAUUAAAUCCGGUUGUUGUGAGGGAAGUUUUUAACAGACUUUUGGGCUUACAUGGUGAUAGUCCUAUAACACCGACAGAGUUGUUGGUAGCUCUACAUCUAAUUGAUUCUACGAAAGCUGAUUUGAAAACUAUUAUUAAAGCAACCUCCAUGUGUCUUCAGGAAAAACAAGUUUUUACACAAGAAGUGCUGGCAGUAGUUUUACAACAAUUGAUGGAUCAAACGCCUCUUCCUACUUUACUUAUGAGAACUGUUAUUCAGGCCUUGGGCAGCUAUCCAAGGCUUUCAGGCUUCGUUAUGAAUAUUUUGCAACGUUUGAUCUUAAAACAGGUCUGGAAACAAAAAGUGGUGUGGGAAGGGUUCAUUAAGUGUUGUCAGAGAACAAAACCUCAAAGUUUUGCAGUAUUAAUGCAGCUACCACCACCGCAGUUGUCAGAUGCUUUGGCUAUUUGUCCAGAAUUAAAAGAACCUUUGAAAGAACAUUUGAUGAACUUCACGGAAGGACAAAGAACACAUAUUCCAUUGACAGUUCAAGAAAUAAUUAUGGGAUCGUACACACAACCCCCACCAGCCGUUCCUCCACCUGUUGGCAGUUUAACAGAAGAAACGCAGACACUGACUGAGACAGGAGGACCGCAAGCGACCGAACCUCUGCCACCUGGGAUGGACUAAACUAAGUUAAGUUAAAUAAUUAUCUAUUUUAUGAAUUCAGAAAUAAGAAUAAAGAGAUGAUUUUACAUUG